CGAGUUGGGAUAAAAAGCAACGAAUCGUUGAGCACUAAGACCUCGCGGCGGCUUGUCAGCUGACCAAAGCUGGCUGCUAUAAUCAACGCAGGGCUGUUUGACCUGAAGCUUUUUUCGUCAGGCUCGGAGGACAGACCUGUCUACCGAAACGGGCCCAUGUCUGAAAACCCAGACAGGCGCUUCCAUUUUAACAGAAAGGAUACUACGAGCGAGUUCAUCGGCCACGACACAGCAGCAAGAUGGAGUGUGAGUGGAAGCCAGACGAGCAGGGUCUUCAGCAAAUACUACAGCUGCUGAAGGAGUCUCAGUCACCAGAUACGUCCACGCAGAGAUCCGUCCAGCAAAGACUCGAGCAGCUGAACCAGUAUCCAGACUUCAACAACUAUUUGAUAUUUGUUUUGACCAAAUUAAAAUCUGAAGACGAACCGACCCGUUCCCUGAGUGGACUGAUUCUGAAGAACAACGUGAAGGCUCACUAUCAGAACUUCCCUAUUGGAGUGUCUGAUUUUAUCAAGAGCGAGUGCCUCCAAAACAUCGGGGACUCCUCUCCCCUCAUCCGGGCCACCGUGGGUAUCCUCAUCACCACCAUUGCCUCCAAAGGAGAGCUGCAAAACUGGCCUGAGCUUCUGCCGAAACUCUGUCUGCUGCUGGAUUCUGAGGACUACAACACAUGUGAGGGAGCAUUCGGGGCCCUGCAGAAGAUCUGUGAGGACUCUGCCGAGAUCCUGGACAGCGACAUGCUGGAUCGGCCUCUUAACAUCAUGAUCCCCAAAUUUCUGCAGUUUUUCAAGCACAACAGCCCGAAAAUUAGGUCUCAUGCCAUCGCUUGUGUCAAUCAGUUCAUCAUCAGCAGGACCCAGGCUCUAAUGCUUCACAUCGACCCGUUCAUUGAGAACCUGUUUGCACUGGCGACUGACGAGGAGCCGGAGGUGAGGAAGAAUGUUUGCAGAGCCCUCGUCAUGCUGCUGGAGGUUCGCCUGGAUCGUCUUCUGCCUCACAUGCACAACAUCGUAGAGUACAUGCUGCAGAGGACUCAGGACCCAGAUGAGAAUGUUGCCUUGGAGGCCUGUGAGUUCUGGCUGACACUGGCAGAGCAGCCAGUGUGUAAAGAAGUGCUGUGUGGUCACCUCUCUCAGCUCAUUCCUGUACUUGUCAAUGGGAUGAAAUACUCAGAGAUUGACAUUAUCUUGCUCAAGGGGGACAUUGAGGAAGAUGAGGCCAUUCCAGACAACGAGCAAGACAUCAGACCACGCUUCCACCGCUCCCGCACAGUUGCCCAACAGCAUGAGGGUGAUGGGAUUGAGGAAGACGAUGAUGAAAUGGAUGAUGAAAUGGAUGAUGAUGAUACCAUUUCUGAUUGGAACCUGCGAAAGUGUUCUGCAGCAGCACUGGACGUGUUGGCCAAUGUGUUCAGGGAUGAUCUGUUGCUGCACAUUCUUCCACUGCUCAAAGAACUGCUUUUCCAUCCUGACUGGGUAGUAAAAGAGUCUGGCAUCUUAGUGCUGGGGGCUAUAGCUGAAGGUUGCAUGCAAGGCAUGAUCCCAUACCUACCUGAGCUCAUCCCACAUCUCAUCCAGUGCUUGUCUGACAAAAAAGCACUGGUGCGAUCCAUUACCUGCUGGACACUGAGUCGCUACGCGCACUGGGUGGUCAGCCAGCCCCCAGAUAUUUACCUGAAGCCUCUAAUGACUGAGCUACUGAAGCGCAUACUGGAUAGCAACAAGCGUGUGCAGGAAGCUGCUUGCAGUGCCUUUGCCACUUUGGAGGAGGAGGCUUGCACAGAGCUGGUACCUUACCUGGCAUUCAUACUGGACACACUGGUAUUUGCUUUCAGCAAGUACCAGCACAAAAAUCUGCUCAUUCUUUAUGAUGCCAUAGGGACGCUGGCAGAUUCUGUGGGACACCAUCUAAAUAAACCGGAAUACAUCCAGAUGUUGAUGCCACCACUCAUACAGAAAUGGAAUCAGCUCAAAGAUGAAGACAAAGAUCUUUUUCCUUUGUUAGAAUGUUUAUCCUCUGUAGCCACAGCCCUUCAAAGUGGCUUUCUGCCCUACUGUGAGCCCGUUUACCAGCGAUGCGUCAACCUUGUCCAGAAGACGCUCGCUCAGGCGAUGCUUCAUCAGUCACAGCCUGAUCAGUAUGAGGCGCCGGACAAAGACUUCAUGAUCGUGGCUCUGGAUCUUCUGAGUGGACUGGCUGAGGGUUUGGGUGGCACCAUCGAGCAGCUGGUUGCCCGCAGCAACAUCCUCACUCUUAUGUAUCAGUGCAUGCAGGACAAAAUGCCUGAGGUGCGCCAGAGCUCUUUCGCUCUGCUUGGGGAUCUCACCAAGGCUUGCUUUCAGCAUGUAAAACCUUGCAUCGCUGAUUUUAUGCCUAUACUGGGUACAAAUUUGAACCCAGAGUUGAUAUCUGUGUGCAACAAUGCAACUUGGGCCAUCGGAGAGAUUUCUAUACAAAUGGGGCCUGAAAUGCAGCCAUACAUUACCAUGGUGCUGCACCAGCUGGUGGAGAUCAUAAACAGACCCAAUACUCCAAAGACUCUACUGGAAAACACAGCAAUAACAAUUGGUCGUCUUGGUUACGUUUGUCCUCAAGAGGUGGCACCCAUGCUACAGCAGUUUAUAAGACCCUGGUGCACCUCUCUGCGAAAUAUAAGAGAUAAUGAGGAGAAAGACUCUGCAUUCAGAGGAAUUUGUACCAUGAUCAGUGUAAAUCCUGGAGGCGUGGUGCAGGAUUUUAUAUUCUUCUGUGACGCAGUGGCCUCCUGGGUAAAUCCAAAUGAUGAUCUCAGAGAAAUGUUCUACAAGAUCCUUCACGGCUUCAAGAACCAGGUGGGCGAAGAGAACUGGAGGCGCUUCUCAGAUCAGUUCCCGCUCCCCUUGAAGGAACGACUGGCAACCUUUUACGGGGUGUAAAGGUUUCCGCAGCACUGUGCCUCAUCGCGGGGUCAUUCACCAUGGGAUACAAGACAGGGAACCAUCCCAGGGAACAAGUUACCCUUUACAGGGGGGGAGGGUGCAAACCCCUCCUUGUCCUGGAGGAAGGGGUGGGAGGGAGGUGGUAGUAGCUGCAGUUCUCUGUGCCCUUAAGCACAAGCUGGGGAGGGGGAGAGACUGGCAGUUCAACCUUAUCAUGGGAGGAUCAUUCAUUUAAUCACGUCAAUCACAAACAAUGGAAAUUAUCUCCUUUUCUUCUUAUUUUAAUGUAUUCUGCAGAUGCUUUCAGGACUACUGAAGAGAAAUUUUAGCAAACACAGAUGAGUCUUUGUGGGGUAUUUAGUUUAGACAGACAUACCUUUCUGAGACUAAUGAAAGAAAUCUUAAGAUUUAUGUAGACUGUUUAUCGAGAUGCUUUAUCUUAAAGCAGCUAAUGCUAGGAAAGCAUUUCUCUCGGCUCCACUUCUGGAAAACGUCUUUUCAGAACGCUGCAUAUCAUCCAAAGUAAGCAACGACUUACAGGUAACCUAUUAUUUCAACACUUAAGCAGGGCAGAGGCUCUUGAUGAAACCUCCAGGGAGCACAAUUCAAGAGCAGCUUUUCUGGGAUUAGGUAGCAUGCUUUUAAUAUUGUGGAAAGCUGUUGAACAUUAGUGAUGUGUGUUGACAGCUGUCAUUGCCAUUUGAUAAGGUUGUUCUUCGAUCGUGUAAUCCAUAUUUAAAGUACUUUCUGUUUGCUCUGCCAGAUAAUUACAGCAGCCGUCUGUAAUGUAGCAUGACAGGGUUUACACUUAGGUUGCGUUAAAUCUUGGCUGUGAUGUGACAUUGGAGUGAGUCUCUCGUUUUGUUAUGUGGCGUGAAUGUGACAUUUUUUUUUUUAGAGAGCAUAUCGAAUCUUUAGCUCCCUAAAUCCAGUUUUUUUUAAUCGUCUGAAAUUUCUGAAAGAAAUUUUGAAGUAGAGCAUGCAGGUUAGCAACCUGUUGGUCCCUUUUUUUUUUUUAGCCUCAAUGAUACAACACGUCUGUAAGUUUUGUGACUUUUGCAAUCAGAACCACACACCCCAUCAGAUCAGUGUUGAAUAUGUUUAUUUCACAGUGUAUUGAAAUUCUGUUGCUGGUCGUUUACCUUCCUGUGCUAAAAGCAUGAUCUAAGGAUGACUGUGUUCUGUGUCGGGGUGGAUGUCACUGUGGGGUACUUGAAUGCUUUAAUCUCUUGCAUGUUGGUGGCCCCUCAACUCUAAAACAUUUAGUGGGAAGAGGGUUGCGGGACGGAGGGGAGCUUCAAUUCCAUGUUUUAAAGAAGUACAUAAUAAACAUGUAUGUAUUUGCAACACUGCGACGUGUAUAAACCUUGCAUAAAGCAUACUGGAGUGCUCUCCCUGAGCCUUUCCCCCCCCAUUACUGGAUGUAGUUUUAAAAUACUGUGAAGAAUGUUUAAUGUGUCUGCUUGUUCUGUGCUGUUGUAUUUUUUUUAUAGUGUCAAACUGUUAAAGGUUACAGCCUGAAUGUAUUCCAUGAUGAGUUGGAGAGAUGGUAACUUUUGUUUUUGUGAAUGUUUUUUUUUUUUUUUUUUUUUCUAACACCCAGCCAGGCAUUUUUCCUCUGCUGGCCAGAGUAAUAACUGCAGUAUUUAAUUCUCUGUAACGCACAUAAAAAUGUACUAAAAAGUGCUUGAAUGAACGUUGUAGCCAAACCCCUCCCACCGAUGAUUCAUUAUUGCUGCUAAAACGUUUUCACUGAAUGCAAUAAGCAUCAUCUCUAGGAAUAUUUCAAAACUAUUCACAUCCCCUGAACCUUUUUAUGUUUUGACAUGUUAUAACCACAAAGCACAAAUUGUGGUAGACCAACAGAAUAUGGGACACGUUUAUAAAUCGUAUAAAAAUCGGAAUUAUGGCAUUCAUCUGGGUUCAGUCCCCUGAAUAGAACCACCUUUGGCUGCAGUUCCAGCUGGAAGUCUUUUGCAUGUGUCUCUGUCAGUGUUGCACAUCUAGAGACAUUUUUGCCCAUUUUCCUGUGGAGACUGCCUCAGAUGGAAUGGAGAACUUCAGUUUUGAACAGUGAUUUUUUUUUUUAAAGUCUUGCAAAGAUUUUUAAUUGGAUUUAGCAUUGCAUCUCUGGCAAUGUGUUUAGGUUGUCCUGCUAGUAGGUAAACCUUCUCACAGCCUGAGGUCCCGCAGUCUUUAAUGGGAUUUCUUCCAGCUUUUCCCUAUUUAUCUCCAUCCAUCCUUCAGCUCUCACCAGCUUCGCAGCAGGAUGGUGCCACUGACUUGUUACACAAUGGGGAUAGUCUUUUCUUAGUAUUGUGCAGUGUUCAACAUUAACAUUACUUAUGCUAAGUUUCAUUUUCAUCUCUUCUGACCAGAGCACCUGAAAGUUCUGUAAACAAAUUCAGCUUUGGAUCUCUGUAGCUCCUCCAGAUCUAUCUUGGGCGUCCUGGCUGCUUCCCUGAUUAAUGCUCUCCCAACCAGGCCUGUCCCAUUUUGGCGGGCAGCUGAAUUAAAUUGUACAACAUACUUUUCCAUCCAUUUCAGAGUUAAGCACUCCUUGGUGCAUGUCUGUCACAUAAAGUCCAAAUAAAAUACAUCGAAAUUUGUGAUUACAGCAUGACAGCAAAGCUGAGCACUUUUGAAAGGGACUGGUUUCUUAUCGGUAACAUUUGACAAAGUAAAAAUACAAGAUUUAAUGCAUCAUGGAAUACAGAGGCAAAUACUUGUCUGUCUGUGUGUGCGUGUGUGUUUCCCAUCAUUUUAUUUUGUUUGAAGUGUUUUUGUCUGGCACAUUCCAACUGUUUGACAUGGACAGAAAUGGCGUGAUUCCAGCUAGAUGGGGUGUGUUCAGUCCUCGUAUUCGUUCACUGAAAGAUUGUAUGUCUUAAAAGAAAAAGGAACAGAAAAAUAACCACACACAAACGAAUGCCCGUUGUUACUGUGCUGUCCUUCUGACUUGACUGCUGCUAAACAUCGUAGUUUUGUUUCACCACUUGAAUAUCUCUUUUCUAAGUGUAAACCUCAGGUUGCUUUGUUUUGUUCUUUUAUCAUUUCCUUAAUGUGUACACCUUUUUACGCAGCCCCCCUAAAUGUCCUGAAGUAUAGUAAAAAGCUUGAUCUUCAUGUAAGAAAUGGAUAAACAUGAAUGUUAACUGACGUAUUAAUGCAGCACUGUGAGCCGUCAAACCUAGAGGUUAAACAACAUUUCAACAAUGGUAACUUGCACAAGUUUCAUCUACUUUUUGCCUAAAAUGAUUGUGAUUGAACUCAAAGUGUUUAGUGUAAUCUCUACACACUGCCAUAUGAGUAAACAUUUGAGAUUUUGUUGAUUUGCAAUAGAUGUUCAGUAUACUAUGUUACACACAAAAACAGGGAUACGGAGUUGAAAAAUACAAAUAAAAAGUUUGCAAAUACAAGUUUGACUUUCUACAGAGCUUUAUUAAGCCACUGCAUUUUAUAAAGCACCUACCAGUAGUUAGCAUUGACUGUGUUAAGAGCUCCUGUAUUCUGUAAUUCAAUUAGCCUUUAAACUUCAAUAGUUAAUCUGCCUUCACCUUUUUUGCUAAGAGAAGCAAAAACAUCAUUUUGAUAGACUUGGUUUCUUUCUUUUUAAAUAAGCUGCUGAAUUAAAAAAAAAAAACGUGAUACUUUUGGGGCCACCAAAUAUUUUGGAUCAUGCAAAGACUCUAUAUUGUACUGUAGUAAUUUUGUAAUAUUUGUAAGAUGAUAUAGUGGGCGUGAAUGAUUACCAUUGCUUGAAUCUGUACAUUGUUCCAAUAAAUUGUUUACAUUA